AUGCCUGUUGAUACUUCAUCACUUUCAGGCCAAGGCCAAACUGUCUGUGUCACCGGGGCUGGUGGUUUCAUCGCUUCAUGGAUGGUUAAACUUCUUUUAGAGAAAGGUUACGCUGUUAAAGGAACUGUGAGAAACCCAGCUGAUCCCAAGAAUUCUCAUCUGAGGGAGCUUGAAGGGGCUGAAGAAAGAUUAACUUUAUGCAAAGCUGAUCUUCUUGAUUACGAGUCUCUUAAAGAGGCUAUUCAAGGGUGCGAUGGGGUUUUCCAUACUGCUUCUCCUGUCACAGAUGACCCAGAACAAAUGGUGGAGCCGGCGGUGAAAGGGACCCAGAAUGUGAUCAUGGCAGCGGCUGAGGCCAAAGCCCGACGAGUGGUGUUCACGUCAUCAAUUGGCGCCGUCUACAUGGACCCCAAUAGGGGCCCUGAUGUUGUUGUUGACGAGUCUUGCUGGAGUGAUCUUGAGUAUUGCAAGAACACCAAGAAUUGGUAUUGCUAUGGAAAGGCUGUGGCAGAACAGGCUGCAUGGGAUAUGGCUAAGGAGAAAGGAGUGGACCUAGUGGUGGUGAACCCGGUGCUGGUGGUUGGACCAUUGUUGCAAUCCACUGUCAAUGCUAGCACCAUUCACAUCCUCAAGUACCUAACCGGCUCAGCCAAGACAUAUGCUAAUUCCAUUCAAGCUUAUGUGCAUGUUAGGGAUGUGGCAUUAGCCCAUAUUUUAGUGUUCGAGACACCUUCCGCCUCUGGCCGUUACCUCUGUGCUGAGAGAGUUCUCCACCGUGGAGAGGUGGUGGAAAUCCUUGCAAAAUUCUUCCCUGAGUAUCCCAUCCCCACCAAGUGCUCAGAUGAGAAGAACCCAAGAAAACAACCUUACAAGUUCACAAACCAGAAGCUCAAGGACCUGGGCCUCGAAUUCACCCCAGUGAAGCAGUGCCUGUAUGAAACUGUUAAGUGCUUGCAGGAAAAGGGUCACCUUCCAAUCCCAAAACAAGCUGAAGAGACUGUGAAAAUUGAAUAA